AUGAAGUUCGAAUUAUUACCGAACGAAAUUUUAUUCGAUCUAUUUGAUUAUUUGAAUGGUGUUGAUCUUCUGAAUGCAUUUUAUGGUCUCAAUUAUCAUUUCAAUUUUCUUCUCUAUAAACAAUAUCGAUCUUAUCAUUUCAUAUUUAAUUGGAUAUCAAAAUAUAAUUUUGAUAUAAUAUGUUCACAACAUCUACCAUUUAUUGUUGAUCGAAUUAUUGGUCUUAGUCUUUGUGAUGGUGAAAAUACUCCAGGACAAAUUAAUUUACUUCUAUCUUACAUACCAUCAUUUAGUCAAUUUACUAAAUUACGAUCACUUUCAAUAUUUCAUCUUCAUUCAUAUAAUACAUUAAUGAAAAUCGUCGAUGAAUGUCAUCAUCUUAAUCAUCUCAUUUAUUUAAAUUUCUAUUUUUGUUCUUAUGCUUAUCACUAUAAUCCAUCACAUUUUCAAUCAGUUGUCAAUAUGAUAUGGAAUUUACCUAAACUUACUCAUUGUAAUGAUGAUAUUUCUAUACAAAGAUGGAAUUUUUUAUCUAUAUCAUCAAACAUUUCAACAUCUCUCAAAUAUUUAAAUCUGUAUAAUAAUCAACUUAAAUGGAAUCAGAUAAACAAAUUGUUUAAAUAUACACCUCAUCUUAAAUGUCUUUCAUUAAUAAUUUCUUCUGAUACCAAUGAUAAUUAUAUACCAUCUUCUUCUCUUCCAACAUUAAUCGAUUUGAAGAUUAGUAUUUAUUCUACACUUGACACAUCGAGAAUUAUUUCCUUUUUACAAAAUACACCUAAUCUACGUCGUUUUGAUAUUACUUUAGGGUCUAUAUUAAUCAAUGGUCAUCAAUGGGAACAAAUCAUUUGUAACUAUUUACCAAAAUUGAAAGUAUUUCAACUCAAAAUGAAACAUAGAUUUGAUGUUAAUCAUGAUAUACAAGAACAAGUGAAUGAAUUAGUUAAUUCAUUUCGAAGUUCAUUUUGGAUUGAUGAACAUAAAUGGUUUAUCCGAUGCAUUACAUCAGACAAUACUAUUCAUCUUGACUCUUUAUCAAAAUGA